ACUUGGAAGAAGGGACUUGGGUUUGCCGCUGUGUUGUGGCGUUCUGCACCAGACGUCUUCCGGCGCCCCUUCGCAGCCUCGGUGGUGAAGCUGAGGUCCUGGAGCCCCUCCGACAGACGCCCCGCGCGGGGUCGUCGGCAGAGUUGCGGGUGGUGAGACAGCGGGACUAGGACAGGGUAACUUGAGGAGCUCGGACCUCCGAGUCUCCUCUCCUCCCCGCCCUUCUUUUAUCUCCUGGGAGGAAGGGAGAGCCGGCUCAGCUGUGAAUUAAGAGAGCUUUGGGACCUCUGUCUUUUGCAAAAGACAUGAAUGGAGAGUAUAGAGGCAGAGGAUUUGGACGAGGAAGAUUUCAAAGCUGGAAGAGAGGAAGAGGUGGUGGGAACGUCUCAGGAAAAUGGAGAGAACGAGAACGCAGACCUGACCUGAGUAAAGCCCCAGGACAACCUCCUUCCGAACAAACCACACAGUCUUUACUACUGCAAUCAACAUUGGAUCAUUUCAUACCAUAUAAAGGCUGGAAGCUUUAUUUCUCUGAAGUUUACAGCGACAGCUCUCCUUUUAUUGAGAAGAUUCAAGCAUUUGAAAACUUUUUCACAAGGCGUAUUGAUUUAUAUGAUAAGGAUGAAAUAGAAAGAAAGGGAAGUAUUUUGGUGGAUUUUAAAGAACUGAUAAGAGACGAAGAAAUAGCUAAAUUAAUACCAACUAUAGCAACUGAAUUAAGGGAUACACCUGAGAAAACCCUGGCUUGCAUGGGUCUGGCAAUACAUCAGGUAUUAACGAAGGACCUAGAAAGGCAUGCAGCUGAAUUACAAGCCCAAGAAGGAUUGUCUAGAAAUGGGGAAACCAUGGUCAAUGUGCCACACAUUCAUGCAAGGGUAUACAACUAUGAGCCGUGGACACAGCUCAAGAAUGUCCGAGCAAAUUACUAUGGAAAAUACAUCGCUCUGAGAGGGACGGUGGUUCGCGUCAGUAAUAUAAAGCCUCUUUGCACCAAGAUGGCUUUUCUUUGUGCUGCAUGUGGAGGAAUUCAGAGUUUUUCUCUUCCAGAUGGAAAGUUUAAUCUUCCCACAAAGUGUCCUGUGCCUGCCUGUCGAGGCAAGUCGUUUACUGCUCUCCGGAGCUCUCCUCUCACGGUUACCAUGGACUGGCAGUCAAUCAAAAUCCAGGAGUUGAUGUCUGACGAUCAGCGAGAAGCAGGUCGGAUUCCACGAACAAUAGAAUGUGAGCUCGUUCACGAUCUUGUGGAUAGCUGUGUCCCGGGAGACACAGUGACCAUUACUGGAGUUGUCAAAGUCUCAAAUGCAGAAGAAGGUUCUCGAAAUAAGAAUGACAAAUGCAUGUUCCUUUUGUACAUUGAAGCAAAUUCUGUUAGCAAUAGCAAAGGACAGAAAACCAAGGCUUCUGAGGUUGGGUGUAAACACGGAAUGUUGAUGGAGUUCUCACUUAAAGACUUUUAUGCCAUCCAGGAGAUUCAAUCUGAAGAAAACCUGUUUAAACUCAUUGUCAACUCGCUUUGCCCUGUCAUUUUUGGUCAUGAACUUGUUAAAGCAGGCUUGGCAUUAGCACUCUUCGGAGGAAGCCAGAAAUAUGCAGAUGACAAAAACAGAAUUCCGAUUCGAGGAGACCCACAUGUCCUUGUUGUUGGAGACCCAGGCUUGGGAAAGAGUCAGAUGCUACAGGCGGCGUGCAGCGUUGCUCCGCGUGGCGUGUAUGUUUGUGGUAAUACCACAACCACCUCUGGUUUGACUGUAACUCUUUCAAAAGAUAGUUCCUCGGGAGAUUUUGCUUUGGAAGCUGGUGCCCUGGUACUUGGUGAUCAAGGCAUCUGUGGAAUAGAUGAGUUUGAUAAGAUGGGGAAUCAGCAUCAAGCCUUGUUAGAAGCCAUGGAGCAGCAAAGUAUCAGUCUCGCUAAGGCUGGCGUGGUUUGUAGCCUCCCUGCAAGAACUUCCAUCAUUGCUGCUGCAAACCCAGUUGGAGGACACUACAAUAAAGCCAAAACCGUUUCUGAGAAUUUAAAAAUGGGGAGUGCCCUCCUAUCCAGAUUUGAUUUGGUCUUUAUCCUGUUAGACACCCCAAAUGAGGAUCAUGAUCAUUUACUCUCCGAACACGUGAUUGCAAUAAGAGCUGGAAAGCACAGAGCUGUUAGCAGUGCCACAGUAACUCGUAUGCAUAGUCAAGACUCGAACACUUCUAUACUGGAAGUGGUUUCUGAUAAACCUCUAUCAGAAAGACUAAAGGUGGUUCCUGGAGAAACAAUAGAUCCCAUUCCCCACCAGCUGUUGAGAAAGUACAUUGGUUAUGCUCGGCAGUAUGUCUAUCCAAGGCUAUCCGCAGAAGCUGCUCAGAUUCUUCAGGACUUUUACCUUGAGCUCCGGAAACAGAGCCAGAGGUUAAAUAGCUCACCAAUCACUACUAGGCAGCUGGAAUCUUUGAUUCGUCUAACAGAGGCACGUGCAAGGUUGGAAUUGAGAGAGGAAGCAACCAAAGAAGAUGCUGAGGACAUAGUUGAAAUUAUGAAAUAUAGCAUGCUAGGAACUUACUCUGAUGAGUUUGGGAACCUAGAUUUUGAGCGAUCCCAGCAUGGUUCUGGAAUGAGCAACAGGUCAACAGCAAAAAGAUUUAUUUCUGCUCUCAACAACAUUGCUGAAAGAACUUACAAUAAUUUAUUUCAAUUUCAUCAACUUCGGCAGAUUGCCAAAGAGCUAAACAUUCAGGUUGCUGAUUUUGAACAUUUUAUUGGAUCAUUAAAUGACCAAGGUUACCUCUUGAAAAAAGGCCCAAAAGUUUACCAGCUUCAAACUAUGUGAAAGGACUACCAAGUCAGGCCCUCCUGGAUUUAUUAAGAAGAAUAUGUGCGUACACACACACACACACUUUUCUUUGAAAAAUGACAUCCUAAAAGCAGUAUAAUAGGAAAAGAGUUUUGGACUAAUUUAAGAAAUGAGAAAGUCAGCAUGUUCAUUUUUUAUUUCUCCAAAAGGUUAAAAAUAAAAUGUUUACAUUUUGUCUAAAUGAUAUAAUUAUAAAUUCUUUAUAGUUUUAUUUUUGAGUUUUUAUUCUUAUAAAUGUUUCAUAGUUUUACAUAUCAAAUGUCCAUCUGGGUAAGUGUUUACAAAGUUACAUUUUAAUGUUUAAGUAGUUCUGACACACAAAAAAAUGAAUGAAUAUCAUAGAAAUAAAUUGAAACCAACUUUGAAUUUCAGAAAAAAUUGGAAAUAUUUUAUAUUGACCUUUUUUUAAUGGAGGUAACUUUGGUUUGCAACAUUAUAAAAGUGUCAUGUGUACAACAUUAUAAUUAGACUUUUUGUAUGCACUACUGCAUGCUCACCA